UGUGCUAGUCCAUUUACCAAUGCGUCUCACGCAUGAGAUCCAAAUUUGGACAGACGACGUUCUCGUUGACGAAUCGUUUAAAACAAGUCGACAAGAAAUACUUCUUUCAUCACAUUCACAGCUAGCUGCGACACAAGAAAAUAAUACUGCUAGGUCGUCCAAUGCAGCUGGAACUGUUGACGUUUACUUCAACCCCAGAAAUACAUGAUGGCGUCAGAGAAGUUUGAUCCGUUGGUGGAGAGCUUGGAACGUUUCAUUGAGAACACUCGACAGCUAGGAAUUAUUGUCAGCGACUUCCAACCGCAGGGACAGAUCACGCUCAACCAGAAACUGCACACCCUGGUGACUGGCUUGCAAGAGAUGGAGAAGACAAAGGCACAGGUUCAAGAUGUUCAAGUUCCCUUGGAAGUCUUUGAUUACAUUGACCAGGGUCGUAACCCUCAGCUGUACACCAAAGACUGUAUGGAGAAAGCUGUCAUCAAGAACGAACAAGUCAAGGGCAAGAUUGAGACAUUUUCUAAAUUCAAGAAGAAUUUGAUCACAGAGUUGAACAAGAUGUUUCCCGAGGAGAUGGAGCAGUACAAGACGCAUCACGGAGACACAUGAACACCGAGGAGAAACAUUUGAACAAUAAGGAGUAUUGGACCUAUGCACAAAUAACUCCUCAAUGGUUACAAAGAGAAAGUCGGGGGAGACCACUGGGAGGGACUCCUAAACGUAUCGUCAACGACGCCUGACGCUCAUGCGAAAAAGCCAUGGGUUGUGCACAUUCAGAAUAAUAUGAAUUGUGCGUACUUCGUGCAAUACAGACAAGAAUGUGUUUAGCUGUGUGUCACCCCCGACUGGAGCUCUUAUGAGCGAUGACUUGAUUCCAGAAGUGUUAUGGGUUUUUACCCUUCACAGAUGUAACUUUGUAAGCACCGCGGUGCACCGUGUACUCUUGUGAGCGUGUGAGAAGAACAUCCAUUAGCAGCUUGUUCAUGUGGGAGUCGAACCGUCUACUUAUUGCUUUCUAGCUCGUGUGGAUGUGUUACAAGUCAACCGCUGAGCUUGCUAGGAUCCGCAAUAUGCAAAUCUGACAUAGCAGCAGGUACUGCAAUCAGUAAUGCUUAACCCUAACCCCCUAGGCCCUUUGGGCUAGGAACCAUCCUCAAUCCUGCAAAAUCCUCCAAUCGCCACUAUGUCAAAUUUGGAUUCCUCCAAAAUCAUCCAUAAGUUCUUGAAUUUGUUCAGUGGAGGGGUGACCAUUGCCUCAGUCCUUCAAAAUCUUCCAACAAUCACUGUCAAUGUGUUGAGGCAGUGCCGAGGAUAUUCAGAAGCAGUGUGGAUGAUAUUGAGCAUAAUACAGGGCUCAAUUAUGCAUGUCUAAACAUCAACGAUGCAGGGUACAACCUACAAACAGGACUCAAUGCAUCCUUCAAAAUCAACCGCACUUUAUUGCAUUCUUCAGCCUCAAUCCUUAAAGUCCUCCAAAACCGCCAGGAGGAUGGAGGAGGGUUAAUACAGUAGGGUUUAUGAUACUUUUGUUGAGAAGGCAUUUAUCUCUUGUGGCAAAAUCCUCAGAAUUUGUUUGGAGAGGUGUUUUGUUGGAUUGGAUAAUGGAGUGUGUCAGAGCUUCAGAGCAUGAGUGAGAUUGGGGCGGGGGGACUAAAAAAAUCCACGAAAUGAUCGGCAGAGGCCCCAGGACAAAGUAAGGUCUAUGACGCAUGUUUGUGUUUGCCCAAAGGCACCCCUUAAAAUAUCCAUCUAUAAAAAAAACCCCACCUUUAUGGGUAAGAACUCAGGAAUUCGCGAUUUAAUAAUGGGAAUCUUCCAAAAAUCAGGAAAAAUCCUGACCCAAAAAUGAUGAAGUCGGGGAAGAAAUCCCCACACAAAAAUCAUGAAGUCAGGAGAAUCUUGACAAAUCUCACCCAUCAGAGCCCUUGGAGAAUGCAAGGGUUACCUCAAGGUUUAUGGGGGUUUUAUUCAAGGAUACCACGAGGUUCAACCUUUGACUUGCUGCUUGUUCAAUUCUUUCCUUAUGAGCAUCUCCAAAAAAUAUAAGAUAUGAAGGUUUGCAUGGUGCAGUAAACAAUAAGAGUAAGUUUCCACCAUGUGCGAGGUUGUGAAGAACACCCAGGGGAAAACUCUUACAAAAAGUACGAGUGCCAAUGCAUUGCCAUGAGAACUUUGACAUUGGAUGGAAAAGUUUUAAUAAAUUGGUUGAUUUUCAGAUUUAUUUCACUGGAAAUAUUACUUGUAGACAAGCCAUCGGUAACCCACCGUGAAGUGGUAUAAUAAUUUCACUCAUGCAGCAUGCCUUUUCAGCAGUUUGAACCAAUUUUUAUUGUUUUAUUUAUUAAAAUUUUCAUAAAAUGUACAUGGAACAAAUUAAAUCAUGAUUUGUAGAAUUCACUCCAAAACUGACAAUAAAACAGUGUCAUAGAUAUCUAA